CGCCCCCAACAGGAACUAUGAGGUUCUUCAAGAGAGCGCAGCAGUUGCAAGCGACGCUGGAGACUUCGAAUUCGUCAACAGUGGAGUUGCCAAUGCCGGAGAACGAAAUGCACCAGCUGUCUCAGGAGGUGUCGAACCUGCGGGCCAACCUGGGCAGGGCACGAGCGCACUUUAACACCCUGCGUGGCGCCCUGAGCCAGAAAGAUAAGAGCCUCCACGAGAUGCUGCACCAACUCGAGAUCCACCGUUCUGAGGAGCUACGGGCGCACUCGCAGGCCAUCAACAGCCUGCAGGCGGAGUUGGAGGCAGCGCGGCGGGGUGAGCGGGAGGCCGAGGAGCGUUCCGUGCACGACGCCAAAGCCGCGUCAACGGCGUCAACGGAGCUGGCAGAGUUCACGCUUAGGACUGAGCGGCUUCAGGAGCAGCUGAGACAUGAGCACGAGAAGACUCUGAAUCUGGCACGCAUGGAGCUGGCCGAAUAUCGUGCAUCGCACACGCACGCCGACUCAGAGUACGACGCUCACGUCGUGCACAUCGCAGUCCUGCAGAAGGAGCUGAAGGAGCGUGACGAGCUGCUGCGGCGCUCUGAGGCCGACCUGGUGGUGGCACAGGAAGUGGCACGAGAGCGUGGCAUUGAAGCCGAGCGGCUGGGCGCCGAAGCCGCGGAGCUGAGUGUGACCAUGCGUGACCUCUCUGCCAACCAAGAGGUGCAGCAAACUGAGGUGGACACCCUGCGGGAUGAAGCACUGGAGUUGCAGCAACGGCUGCAGGAGACCAACGCAUGCUUCGAGGAGACCGCCAAUUCUCUGGAGCAACAGCAUGAGCGUGCGGAGCUGUCUCAGGCAGAACUAGUGGCGAUGCAGGCGCGGCUAGGCGAGCACAAGGUGGAGUGCGAGCGGAUGCUGCAGAAUGAGAAGUGCCGUGCCCAGGAAGAGCUCGACAACACCAGGUGGCAGCCAUCUGUGCUCUGA